AAAAUACUCUCCUUCUACCCUAAACGCCCCAUCCACCCCAUUUUUACGGAAACCGGAAACCUCGACGACAGGGGACAUCGCGACGGUUGCUCGUGGCGGAACCACCAGUCUCCAAAGACGAAGAGAGGUUCGUAAGACUGGCGAUUUUAGGUCAAAGCUGUGGAGAAAUGAUUGGUAUGCUCACCACCAUGGAAGAGGGCAGAAAAGCUGCGAGUCGCCUGUGCUCAAUCUGCAGUCAGAGGAGACCCGUCCUCAGAAGGCCUAAAACCCUAGAACAGAUUUGUAGAGAGUGCUUUUAUGCUGCAUUCGAGGAGGAGAUUCAUCGAGUUAUCAUGGAAAAUCAUUUGUUCAAGGCUGGUGAGCGGAUUGCAGUUGCUGCUUCUGGCGGUAAAGGUGAGAUCCUGAUGAUAGAAUGCAGAUGA